AAUUUUAAGUCUUUGAUCUAUACUUUGGCUUUUCUCCCUUAUGAUUUACAGUAUUUUAGAGGCUAAAUCUGCGAUAACGACUUUUCUUGAACCGGACAUCCCUGCAGGUACCACUGAAACGUCCAAAUGGAGACGCUGGUUGUUGUUGCACAGUAUCGGAAUCAAUACUACAGCAGAAGCAACUCAAGUUUUCAUGAUAGAUUUGGUUCUUCUCCAUCCAGAAGCUUCAGGGAGAUCAAUUGUAGAACUUUUCAAUCUGAAGUAGGUAUUCUACCUACUACCCCCUUGAAGCCCUCUAACAGUCCUGCUACGAUUAGAAAGGCAUGCUCUUCCCCUCGAACUCCAGCUACUGUUAACCUUCGUUGGGAAGAUGAUAAGCACUUUAACAGUAAUGGGAAAGCCAGUUCAGUGCCUAUUAACAUCGAGGCCAGAAAGUUUGAAAGGUCUUUUAGUGAUGACCUCUCUUCCUCUGAACUCUGGGCGGGGCCAACUUAUUCGAACUCACCUCCUCCCAGUUCAUUGCCGAUCCCUAAAUUUUCAAUCCCUCCAAAGCAAAGUGUAUCGCUUGAUGUGCCAGCUUCAGUAUCGAAGAGAACAGUGUACCCCAUUGUUAAGUCCGCUCCGCCUUCACCUAAAAGGGAACCAUACUCUUCUUCAAGGGGUUUCUUUCUAAGCACUGACUCCGCAACCAGAGACCUUCGUCGUAUUCUCCAUCUGGAUAUACGUUACGAAUGACGAUGGUGGUUCUGAACCCUGUAACAUAAACCAACUCUGCAACUUGUGUUGGUGUUAUUUUGUACAUAAAGAGUAGCUAACUUACUCUGUAUUGUUAGUCUCUGCAACUUCAUUACUGCUUCCUGCAUAGGUGAUGCAAAGAGAACUGCCAGUGGCUGAUUUUCUACAACAGUUUCCAGAUUUAGCUGCAACAAUUGAUGUAUGUGGGUGUGAUUUCAAAUAUAGUUCUCUCUUAAACAGCGUUGAGAGCGGUGAUAUCUGGGGUUUUCCAGAAAUGGGGCAGCUGGUACAUUCAUGUUGUCUCGAGGAAGUGAAUUUUUGAUUAA